CCAACUUGCAGCCUGCCGAUGGACUCGACUUGAAACCUCGCAGAACCAAUACACCUUCCUUCCAGAAAUACGGAGUUCAUGCUCAAGGACGUCGUGAUCGAUAUGCCGACAGACAUGCGAAACCAAGAAGGCAAUUUCUCGAGAUUCGACCUCGACUACAAUCCGCCAAAGCCAGGGGGAAUUACAUCACUCACCGUCGAUAUUGCUGCUUCAAGUCGCAUCCCAAACGAACCACGCCCUCCUCAAAGGUGGAAAACUCCAGAAUUUGUCUUCUACUAUGUGGUCGCUUUGUUUGCGAUCCCUUUCAUGGCAUGGGUACCUAUCCACUUGAGUUCACCUUUACAUCCGAAUUAUCCAUAUUAUCGCCAUAGAUUGUCACCAGGCUGGAUGUUUGGACGCGAAGUUGAUAACAGUGAUACCCAGUAUCGAUCAUUUCGCAACAACAUACUCCCACUCUCACUCCUUGUCCUGCUUUUCAUCGCUCUCAAGUAUAUAUAUACACGGUCUGUAUUGCGCUCUGCCUCAAGUAUACCCUCGGAUAAGCUUUACCUGAUUCCGUUUUUCCUCGCGUUCUCUGCUCUAUACCUUAUUGGCCUUCACGGGACGAGCAUCUUCAAGAUUAUAUUCAUCCUGACCACUAAUUACUGGAUUGCUAAGACAUCCAGAGGAUCACGCAUGGGACCACUGCUGACAUGGAUUUUUAACGUUUUAGUCUUAUUCGCCAAUGACAUAUAUGGCGGAUAUCGGUACGCCAAUUUCCACCCUUCAUUAGAAGUUUUGGACGCAUUCCAAGGCAUUUAUCCGCGUUGGCACAUAAACUUCAAUAUCACUAUGCUGAGAUUGGUGUCAUUCAACAUGGAUUACUAUUGGGCCCACAAUUCUCGCGGAGGAGAAAGCUUGAGCUCUGCUUCCACCGAAAAGCAGAGAGCAAACACGCCACUCCCUCUAGAAGAUUAUACAUAUUGGAACUACAUCGCUUAUGUCCUCUAUCCUCCGCUCUACAUCGCUGGUCCUAUUCUGACAUUCAAUAAUUUCAUGUGGCAGUUGCACCAUCCUACAGAUAUUCCCAUACGCGCCCAAAUCCGUUACUUGGUUCGUUUCCUCGUUAGUCUCCUGACCAUGGAGUCCAUACUACACUAUAUGUACGUUGUGGCUAUCAAAGAUGCCAAGGCUUGGCAAGGCUAUACACCGCUGGAAAUGAGUCUGAUCGGCUUUUGGAAUCUCAUCGUCGUUUGGUUAAAACUCCUUCUGCCAUGGCGAUUUUUCCGUCUCUGGUCUUUGGCAUGCGGCAUCGAUCCACCUGAAAACAUGGUGCGGUGCGUAGUCAAUAACUACUCUACUCUUGGAUUUUGGCGAAGUUGGCAUCGGUCUUACAAUCUCUGGGUUGUCCGAUACAUUUACAUUCCGCUCGGUGGCACAAAGAACACUGCACUGACAACUGCGCUCAUUUUCUCAUUUGUCGCGCUCUGGCAUGAUCUGUCUUUCCGCUUGCUUGCGUGGGGAUGGCUCGUCACUCUUUUCAUUCUACCUGAGCUGCUUGCGAGGUAUCUUCUCCCCCAAACACAGUACGGGCAAUUUUCGUGGUAUCGCCAUGUCUGUGCAAUUGGAGGUGUAUUCAACAUGUUGAUGAUGGCUUCUGCAAACCUUGUUGGAUUUGUUAUCGGUACGGAGGGGAUAAUGUAUAUGGCCAGCCAGAUAUUGGGAACGUGGCAAGGAUUCCGAUUUUUGCUCGCGGCAAGCUGUAUUAUAUUUGUGGGAAUACAGCUUAUGUUUGAGUACCGAGAAGAAGAGAUGCGAAAAGGUGUUUACCGACGGUGUUAAUGAUUUGUCCGAGUCGUCAUCGAUCGUCCUAGCACUCUUAAUUAGCAUCCGACGCGUCCUGCGCCCUCCUAUAGGAAACAUCGUUUCCAAAUCAAAUACUUAGCGCCUUCGUCACCCCGAAUUGGCUCGUUUACGAGCCCCGUUCGCUCGACGAUGACGCGGUUGUAUACAACAUUGGACUAGAAUUCAAGGGCGAGUCUACUAGAAAUCAUGUAUGUGGACUGCGGAGGUAAGCCCCAGCCUGGCCUGAUUUCAAGCAACGAGGGGGUUUCGAAAGGUUUCGAAUGCACCAAUACGAGACGUGCCUAUCGAUGCGUCAUGAUCUUUCGUCAUUAGAGCUAACCAAUGGUCGACCCUGUACAGCCCUGUACCUGAAGCCUGAAGUGUCA